AAGACUGUGCAAGCUGCCCUGAUUCCUCAUGUAACUAUGAUAUAAUAUAUGGUGGGGAUGGGUCGAGUACUAAAGUAACAAACUUCACUUGCAGACCUAAUGUUUCUCCAACAGGUUUUGGAAGCAAAUCAUCCAUGGGUGUUAUUCUAGGUGUUAGCCUAAGUGUGGGUGUACUUUUUCUUAUCGCAAACAUCUACGCAUUGUACAAAUGGAUCAAGAAAGUAAAAGAAAGAAGACAAAGAAAAAGGUUCUUUAAACGAAAUGGUGGUUUACUUUUAAAGCAACAAGAAGAAGCUGACCCGUCUUUAGUUGGUAAAACCAUACUUUUCACAUCACAUGAGCUAGAGAAGGCGACAGACAACUUCAAUGAGAAUAGAAUUCUGGGACGUGGAGGACAAGGUACAGUGUAUAAAGGGAUGUUAGUGGAUGGUAGGAUUGUAGCAAUCAAGAAAUCAAAGGUUGUUGAUGAGAGUCAAUUAGAACAAUUCAUUAAUGAGGUGGUUAUUCUAUCCCAAGUUAAUCAUAGAAACGUGGUCAAACUAUUUGGAUGUUGCUUAGAGACAGACGUCCCUUCGCUUGUUUCUGAAUUCAUUCCAAAUGGCACCUUGUACGAUCGACUUCACAAGGGAAUAGACGGAUCCCCAAUUUCUUUGAACAUGAGAUUACAGAUAGCUACAGAGGUUUCAGGAGCACUUGCUUACUUGCAUUCAGCAACUUCCAUUCCAAUAUACCAUAGAGACAUUAAAACCACUAAUAUACUUUUGGAUGAGAAAUACAGGGCAAAAGUUUCAGACUUUGGAACUUCUAGGUUUGUUUCAGUAGAGCAAACCCAUUUGACUACCUUAGUCAAAGGUACGUUUGGCUACCUUGAUCCUGAGUAUUUCCAAUCUAGUCAAUUCACUGAAAAAAGUGAUGUAUAUAGUUUUGGAGUUGUUUUAGUUGAACUCUUAACCAGAGAAAGGCCAAUUUCCCAAACUAGAUUUGGUGAACAUAGAAGUUUGGCUACACACUUUAUGUUGGCUAUGGAAGAAGGGCGUGCUAUGUCUAUUUUUGAUGCAAUGGUGAUUAAAGAGGGUACUAGGGAUGAACUUCUGGUUGUAGCUAGCCUGGCAAUGCGAUGCUUAAAUUUGAAUGGAAGGUAUAGACCAACAAUGAAAGAAGUAGCUACAGAGCUAGAAGCUAUACGAAUGUCACACAUUCCCUCUACCGUUCAAACUAAUACCGGACCCAUGACAUAUGAAAAGAACCAAUCGUUUACAACAUAUACCGAAACAUCUUCAAAAAUGUUGAGUUUGAAUGAUAGCUUUAGCCAGUGACGCAAAACAUUAAGU